UAGGAAGGGAACGCAUCCAGUCGGGCUGGCUGCGAUUCUCGGUAGCUGGAGCCACGUUAUCUGGUUCCAGCAUGCUUCUUCGGUUCCCUUGCAUUGGUUUUCUUGUAAUGCAGGAUCCUUAACGGCAGAUAAAGGCCCCGGUUGGCUCCAAGAGACCUCAGCAGGGAGAAUCUCCACUUUUAGAAUUCACAGAAGGCUACCGGGAGGUUCGGAAGGCCAAGGAUUUCUCCCUGCAGAAAGCUGAAGGAGUCCCUUGCAAACGUUUGCCCCAGAGCACACGGAGGCCGGGCUGUCUUAAAAGCCUCGCAGAGCAUUGCGCGUGGCGUGGGAAUGGCUCAGGAACUCCGGCACAUCUCGCCAGAAGGAGGCCACGCGAAAGAAAAGGUCUGCAUUCGAGCACCGAGCGAGAGGACCCUCCGUUUCACUCCCUUCCAAACUUCCAGGUGGGCUGGGAGGCAAGCGUGAGAAAUUCCUCCAGCAAAUAACUCUGCAGGGCAAAAGUCUAGCAAGAGUCUAUCGCAGGGCUCCUCACCACCUUGCUCUGUUGAUGCCUCAUGGUCAAGGGCAUCAGGGAGAACUCGGCUGGAUCCAUCCUGAAGUCCCACUAGCUCGAGGUCCUGCUUCCAACAGCCAGACGUCCGUGUGAUGACCACCGGCACUGUCUCCUCUGCUAUGGAAGACUGAUCAGCAGCUCCUGCAGUGGUGCAUGUGGAAGAAAAGGAAACCCAAAAGGCAGUAAGGGACUCUUACCAGACUUCCCUGAAGAUGUCUGACCAGGAGUUCGAUGACUUUGAGGCAGACAGCCUGUCUGACUCGUCCCGGAUGAUUUCCGGCCUCCCCACCUACAACAUGGAGGACCAACUCCUGCCCAUGGAGCGCCGCAGCACCUGUGAGUGCUGGGCCUGGACUUUCCUCGUGGUGGUCAUGAACUCUUUGGUCUUCUUCUUGAAUGUCCUCCUCCUAGCCUCCAUCUUCGCCGUGGUCCUCCUGCCCACCAUCGUGGUGGUCUACUUCGGCUUCCAGUGCCACUCACGGGUGCUCCAUUCCAUGGCUUACUACUGCAAGACCAUCCUGGAUGAUAACAGCUCUUCUGCCCUCAUCAUCCUCGGCUUCAUCAUCAUGUCUCCCCUCAUUGUCGUGGCCACGGCCCUGUACUGCAGCCUGGCGCGGCGCCUCCGCCUCUUCAUGUGUUUCCAGCCUUGCGCUCGGGCGGUCUACAAGGGGGUGAAAUGGCAGUGGUACGAGGACGGGGGGAUCUACGGGUGCGUCAAGGCGUGGAACACGCAAGUCAAGGCCUGGGUGUGAGCCCGUCUCCUCAGCCUGCUCACCAGCGUCGCCUGUGCCUGGUUUUUUUUGCAAGAAACGGCAAACAAAAUAACUGUGCAACACCUCUGCUGUUUUGUCUCUCCAAGCUGUGGCAUGCUCGGCAACCUCAUGUCAGCUCUGGAACGUUCUGUGAGACUGGAAAAUCCCCUUUGUAACAUUUGCCUCAGCUAUGGAUUUAACCAGGCUUCUGUUUUUUCUCAGCUGUUGUCUGCAAAAUUGAAGGAUAAUAAUUCCAUCUGGCCUGACAGGGCUGUUGCAAGGAUUACAAGAAGUUUCUUUAUGGAUAAUGCUUAAAAGCAGGAAUUUAGGACUGCCAUUUCCAUGUUGGAAAAUACCUAGGCCUCUUCCGCACAUGCAGAAUUAAUGCGCUUUCAAUCCACUUUCACAAUUAUUUGCAAGUGGAUUUUGCUCUUCCGCACAGUGAAAUCCAGCUGUAAAG